AUGCCCUUCGAAAUCCAGUCGUGCUCUGCAGCCGACGCCCUUGGCCUUGCAACCACCAUGAUGAGCGCCCGCCUAACAGACCCCCACUGGGCAUUCCUCUGGAAAGAUCCAAAUCCCAAGGAUAUCAUCACCAAAGGCGCUCUCCGCGUUCCAUGGAAUCUGGCAACAGGCAGAGAUACCAAAAGACAUCAAAAGGUGAUCGAUGUCGAGACGGGCAGGGUAGUCGGCUAUACAAGGUGGAUUCUACCGGAUUGUCUAGCAAAACAGAAUGAUGUUUGGCUUGAGGCCCAAGCACCGGAGGGAACGCAGAUUGAGAGAGAAGAGUGGGAGAAGCAGUACAGGGAAAAUACAAAGGCUGGCCAACCUAUCGGUAUGAAAGGUGGUGGGUUGAUGAGUUAUCGGAGUGCACCGCUUGAAGUUGUUGACGCUCGGAUUAUGCGUGAUGGGCCAUUUCUGAGUAAAUCCUUUGAUUGGUCUGACCGAUUCUAUUCAUUGCUGACCAUUGUUCUAGCCCUGGAUUAUUUAACGACUCAUCCUGAUUUCUGGAGACGGGGUAUUGGCAGAAUGCUGGUGCAAAGCGGGAUGAAGAUUGCAGACCAGUAUGGGAUGAAAAUAUAUGUCAUGUCGGAACCGGCUGCGUUGAAGUUAUAUCUCAAUUUGCGAUUUGAGUUGCUUGAGACUGUUUCCACUGAUUAUUCCAAGUACGGUGGGACAGAGCCUACGGUGGAGCAUUUUCUAGUGCGUGCUCCUCAAUCAAUGAUUUGA